UUGAGUUUGAACCGUUCGCAUCGGGUGCUCGCAUUAGUCUCUCUCUCUACUUUCAAAGCUAAAAGAUCUCGGCGAUCUCGAGUGAAACGAGCUCGCAUAAAACCCAAUUAAAGUUUAUAAUUAAUCGGCGAAGAGGUCACGCGGUGGCUGCGAGUUGAAAGUGCCACCAGCAAAUCCGUGGCAGCGAAUCAAUCUGGAAAACGACUGAAAAACUCCGCCUCUGUUUGUGUGUGUGUGUGUAUCGGUGUGUGUUGGUGUUGGUGUGGUGUACCUUUGAGGUAUCUAAGCGCACAUCUACACUGGGUCUGACUGCCCGUUUCGACCGACCUGGAGUUAAAGUUGGAAACUCGUUUUUCAAAAACGAACGAAUAAAAAAAGUCUGCACAAAACGAGAAAAUAAGCGCGGUCGCGAAGAAAACAACAACAACAACAGUAGCAGCAGCAGCAGCCAAAGCCAACAACAAAAGAAGGGGAGAGAGAAAAAAUAAAGCACAAUAAUAUAAGAAAAGCAAAAGCAGAUCCAGAACCAAAGCCAAAACCUGACGGCCAGGCUCCCCGAGAUUUGGUUUGGUUUUUGGCCACCGCUCGCCCUUCUGCAUUCUUUUCGCCUGUUUACUUAUUUUCGUGUGCUGCGCUGUUUUGUGCUGCUUGCUUCACUUGUUGCAGCUGCACAUACUUGUGCACGUCCGCCCAAACAUAUAUAUCUCCCUCUGAGAAUAUAUACGUACGCUUAUAUGUGGCCACUCGGAUAUUCGGACGCGGAUUCGGGUUCGUUUUGUAUGCCAUAGAUACGGUGCCUGCCGCCGCCACAGAGCCUGUGCGGAAAAAAGAAAAACGAAUACGAAUACGAAUACGAGUACGAUACCGAGUACGAGUACGAAUAGGAAUACGAAAACCUGUUCCUCCGGGCCAUUUUCGAGUGUAUCGGUGUUGGUGAGAGCCUGUAUACGGAAUUAUUCAAAUAAGAAAAUCGUCGUCUUCGUCUUCGUCGUCGUGGCCACACAAAUGUUCAACAACGAUGGCCACAUUGGGCCUGUCAAAAGUCUUCAUACUGGAUAAAUACUUCACCGAAUUGCAAAAAUUUUGGGAGACGGAGAAGAAGCUGCAGGAUGCAUCUUCAUCCAAUGAGGCAGUGCAUCUGCAGCAGCGUCUCAAAAGUCUGAGCACCGAGUUGGUUACUCUGCGGAAUCGUCUGCAUGUGGGCCAAGGACAGGGUCAGAAUCAGAAUCAGAGCCAGGGUCAGGGAAAUGGUUCCCCGGGAGGGGCCAACUCUGGCCCCAAAGCCAACAGCUUUGACCUGAAUGCCUCCAGUCCGAAUCUCAAUCUGAGUUCCAGCGGAGGAGGACUCUCUGCCAGUGCCGUGCAACAGCACACCAAUGGUCAUCACACGGCAUCGAAGAGUCUCAACUUCAGCCAGACGCUGCCAGCGAAUUCGGGCUCUGGUGGAGCAGGUGGGGCCGGGGGAGGAGCUGUGGUGUCGGCGAGGAACACCUCGAUUCCCCACCCACUUCCGCACCAGCUGGCGGAGAAGCCGGGUCUGUUGCACCACCAGAGUGGCAGCGGACAUGGCCAGUCCACCGGGACCCUGCCGCACAUGGGCAGCAUGGGAAACAUUCUGGGGCACAGUUCCCAGUCCCAUUUCCCGGCCAGCAACUCCAACACGCUGCCCAUGCGAUCCUCGAACACUGGAAACCUAAUCCCGAGUGGAGCAGGCGGAGGACACCAUCUUAGCCAUGGCCACAGCCAACCAUUGCCAUUUAUCCCGCAGCCGAAGCACGCGAAUCCCUGCCAGAGCGUCAAGACGCUGCCCUUUGGAUUCGGGUUCGCUGGGGGUCAGCAGAAGCUCCACCCGCAGGUGAACUCCCUGCCCAAGGACAUGCAGGAUCUGAUCCACCUGUCUGGCCCACUAACCGAACACGCCGUAAUGCGAACGCUGCAGGCCCGCUUCAACGAGCAGCGGUACUUUACUAAUGUUGGUCCGAUCUUGCUCUCCAUCAAUCCGUACCUGGAUGUGGGCAACCCGCUGACCCUCACCUCCACGAGAGCGCUGCCAUUGGCCCCGCAGCUGCAGAAGAUCGUCCAGGAGGCAGUGCGUCAGCAAAGCGAAACGGGCUAUCCGCAGGCCAUUAUCCUUUCGGGAACGUCGGGUGCUGGAAAGACGGCCAAUGCGAUGCUGAUGCUGCGUCAACUGUUUGCCAUCGCCGGCGGAGGACCCGAAACGGAUGCCUUUAAGCACCUGGCCGCCGCCUUCACAGUCCUCAGAUCCCUGGGAUCGGCAAAGACCACAACGAAUUCGGAAUCGAGUCGCAUUGGCCAGUUCAUCGAGGUGCAGGUGACGGAUGGGGCUCUCUAUCGCACCAAGAUCCACUGCUACUUCCUCGACCAAACGCGGGUCAUCCGUCCGUUGCCGAAGGAGAAGAACUACCACAUAUUCUACCAACUUUUGGCCGGACUCAGCCGGGAGGAGCGGCAGAAGCUCCAUCUGGAUGGCUAUUCGCCGGCCAACCUGCGCUACUUGCGGGGAGACAUCGGCCAAAAUGAGCAGGAGGACGCGACGAGGUUCCAGGCGUGGAAGACCUGCCUUGGAAUCCUCGGAAUACCAUUUCUGGAUGUUGUUCGUGUCCUGGCCGCCGUUUUGCUGCUGGGAAAUGUUCAGUUCAUCGACGGUGGGGGUCUCGAAGUGGACGUAAAGGGAGAGACGGAACUAAACUCGGUGGCCAGUUUGCUGGGCGUUCCGCCGGCGGCCCUCUUCCGCGGACUGACCACCCGGACCCACAACGUGCGUGGCCAGCUGGUGAAGUCCGUUUGCGGCGAUGGCGAUGCCAACAUGACGAGGGACUGCCUGGCGAAGGCCCUCUACUGCCGCACAGUGGCCACCAUCGUGCGGAGGGCCAACAGUCUGAAGCGCCUGGGAUCCACUCUGGGCACCCUGAGCUCGGACUCCAAUGAAUCGGUCCACAACCAGGCGGACGCCGCCUCCCAGCACGCCUCCACGAUUGGAGGUGGCAAUGCGGGCUCCAAAUCGAUGGCGGCUCUAAAUAACGCAGUUCGCCAUGCCACCGAUGGGUUCAUUGGCAUCCUGGACAUGUUCGGCUUCGAGGAGCCCUCGCCACACGCUCACCUGGAGCACCUGUGCAUCAAUCUGUGCGCGGAGACCAUGCAGCACUUCUACAACACGCACAUCUUCAAGUCCUCCGUUGAGUCUUGUCGCGACGAGGGCAUCGUUUGCGACACCGAGGUGGACUACGUGGAUAACGUGCCCUGCAUCGACCUCAUAUCCUCGCUGCGAACCGGUCUGCUCAGCAUGCUGGAUGCGGAGUGCUCCGUUCGUGGCACCGCCGAGAGCUAUGUGGCCAAGCUGAAGGUGCAGCAUCGGUGCUCCACCCGCUUGGAGACCAAACCCACUGCAGAACCGCACGAUCCGCGCAUGUUUCUCAUCCGUCACUUUGCCGGGCGGGUGGAGUACGACACCACCGACUUCCUGGACACCAAUCGGGAUGUGGUGCCCGACGACCUGGUGGCGGUGUUCUACAAGCACACCUGCAACUUCGGCUUCGCCACCCAUCUCUUUGGCUCCGAACUGAAGGCUCUUUAUGCCCAGCAGCAGGCGCCUCGAGGUCUCAGCUUCCGCAUCUCACCCACCUCCCACUCGGACCUACUGAAUGGGGAUGAGCCGGUGUCCACCUUGACCCAGGACUUCCACACCCGACUGGAUAAUCUGCUGAGGACUUUGGUUCAUGCAAGGCCGCAUUUUGUGCGCUGCAUCCGGAGCAACGGAAACGAGGCGGCGGGCAGCUUCGAUCGGGCCACCGUGGUGCGGCAAAUACGGUCGCUGCAGGUCCUGGAGACGGUCAACCUGAUGGCCAGUGGGUUUCCGCACCGCAUGCGCUUCAAGCAGUUCAACGCCCGCUACAGGAUGUUGGCCCCCUUCCGCCUGCUGCGCCGCAGCGAGGACAAGGCUCUGGAGGACUGCCAGCUGAUCCUGCAGUACGCCAUGGAACAGCCGCCGGUGCUGGACGGCUCGGUGACUCUGGCCUGGGCGCCUGGCAAGCGGCACGUUUUCCUCAGCGAGGGCAUCCGCCAGCAUCUGGAGCACCUGCGCACGGAGAUCCGGCACAAGAGCGCCACCCUGAUGCAGGCCACCUGGCGGGGUUGGUGGUGGCGCAAGAAGGUGGGCAACGGCGGGGUGAAGCGCUCCAGGGGGGCCACUGGCCAUCAUCCCGGCCAGACGGCGGUGGCUCCGCUUCCGGUGACCAAGACGAACCACAACAAUGCCACCGCGCAGAACAAGGCGGCCUCCUCCACAAUGGCCGCCUUGGCCGCAGUGGCAGCUGCUGCGCCCAGUUCAGUGCCACGCCUGUCGGCCAAGUCGACGAACCUUGCCACCGGCGGCACAGUGGCCAGGCCCAGGCCACAACCCAUCGCAGGGACUCCUCCGCCGGAUCCGCACGAGAAGUGCGACCAGAAGAUCAUCCAGCAGACCUGCAGCCUGUUUGGCCUGGAUUUGGAACGGCCGCCGCCAGUGCCGCCAUCCCGAUCCUACACGAUCAGCGGCAACUCGAAGUUGGGCUAUCCGCAGAGCCGGGUGAUGAAGAUGAACUUCCCCGAGGAGGGCCAGUCGGAGGUGCUGCAGCUGAAGAAGGGCGAACUAGUGACCGUGGUGGGAGCCUCCACCGGUCGGGGUCACCUGCUGGUGGAGCACAAGGGCCAGAGCUUCCACGUGCCCUUCCAGUACACGGAGCCGGCUGGCGGAGCCAAUCCAGGUGCCAUUCCGACUGUUCCGACCACUGGUGUAAAAAUUUGAGGAGGGAACAUUGCACCGCCUGAAAAUCUACAUUCCGACUGCUCCAAGACUGUACAUAUUUCAAUUGGUAGAUUAAGAAGCAACCAUUAGUUGUAGGACGCGCAUGCAAACUGAGGUGCUCCAAUUGGCCCCGGACUUACGUAGUAUUAUUAUUUGUCGUGUUUAUCAAUAAACGCCAAUCGAUAGGUUGUAGCUUCAAAUACCCACAAGUGCCAAUCAUAUAAGUUCUUCCAUAUGUUUAAUAAGUAUUCUAUAUGUUACUGAGAUUACUUUAUUCGCCGGUUAAACGACAAUGCUCCAAGUAAUUUACUUAGUUUUCAACGCAUCCAAUCAAACUUUUAUUUGCAUACAUUUAAGAAAUGUGUUUUUUCUUAGAAUAAGUUUCAUUACUUCAUUCAAAUAAACAAAGCAUGCAUUGCAAUAAUAAAAAA